UUUGUGUUCGGUCGCGUAGUCGGAAGCAGGAAGUGCGUCACAGCCCGGCGACCGACCGCAGUUCCCCCAUUUUGACGUUCGCAGUGAAGAAUCAGGAAAGUGUUUGUUCGUGGUUCCGUCUGUUAGUCGACUCUUUGAGGAUUUCACCAUGGCUAUGCAAGCAGCGAAACGCGCUAAUAUUCGAUUACCUCCUGAGGUGAACAGAAUCCUGUACAUCAGGAACCUUCCUUACAAGAUCACAGCUGAGGAAAUGUACGAUAUCUUUGGGAAAUAUGGACCGAUACGGCAAAUCAGAACAGGGAACACACCUGAAUCAAGAGGAACAGCCUAUGUGGUGUAUGAAGACAUCUUUGAUGCCAAGAACGCCUGUGACCAUCUGUCUGGCUUCAACGUCUGCAACCGUUACCUGGUGGUUCUCUACUACAAUGCAAACAGAGCUUUCCAGAAGAUGGACACAAAGAAGAAAGAGGAGCAGUUGAAGCUUCUAAAAGAGAAAUACGGCAUCAACACAGACCCUCCAAAGUAGCAUUCUGUGGAGUGUCCCUGUCCUCUUUCCAGUAUCCAGGAAAUUCCCAGAUCUUGUUUCUUUUCUUUACAAACGUAUGUUGUGUCAGGGCACCGAGUUGUGUUCCAGUCGCAAACAAUGAUAUUUCUCACAACCCAGUUGUCACUUUUUUUUUUAAAUUUUGAUUUUACUGUCAAAGCAAUCAACAGACUCUUCAGCAUCAAAUAAGUUUGACCAGGAUUCAGAUCAGUGACUGGACUAAUUAUUUACCCGGGGUAACUUGAUUUUCAUUUACGUUUUUUUUCAGUCUAUUUUUCUGUAAACUAAUUUUAAAGCCUGCGAUGUGACUUAAAUUUGAGUUGAUCAGAUAUGAUGAUGUGAAGUGUAAGGUUUCUGUAAAAUAAAUGUUCCUUUGCUAAAA